ACUUCCUCCCAGGCCACCAGCCAGGAGCCCCGCGCCGCGCCGACGGGCUGCUCGACGGGGCCGCCGCACUCCGGGCCGGCUGCCGCCUCCUCCGCCGCCGCGCCGCGCUCGCCCCCAUGUCCGCCGCCUCGGCCCUCGCGGCCGGCUCGGCAGAGCUCCUGCGGGGCGACCGCGCCCCCUCCCUGCUGGCAAGUAGCGCGCCCCCCGACGCCGACGCCGCUCCGGAGGGUCCCUGCGCCGGGGGUGGGGGGGCCAGACACGUGUCGAGGGGGCCAGACACGUGUCGACGGGGCGCACCCUCCUGCCAGCCCAAAAGAGCCCUGGUGCCCAGGCGCCCACCCCCCCCCGACGGGUCCCUGCGUCAGGGGUGAGGGGCCAGAUACGUGACGGAGAGCGGGACACGUGUCGACGGGGCGCACCCUCCUGCAAGCCCAAGGACCCCUGGGUCCCCAGGCGCGCCCCCCGACGCCGCUCCGGAGGGUCCCUGCGCCAGAGGUGGGGGGCGGGACACGUGUCGACGGGGCGCACCCUCCUGCGAGCCCAAAGGACCCCCGGUGCCCCCUCCCGACGCCGCUCCGGAAGGUUCCUGCGCCAGGGGUGGGGGGCCAGAUACGUGACGGAGAGCGGGAGGGCAAUGGGGCGCGCCCCCCUGCGAGCCCAAAGGACCCCCGGUGCCCAGGCGCCCCCCACCCCGGCGCCGGGGGGCUCCGUGAUCCUGGACAGCCGUCGGGGGCCAGGCUUGCCUCGCCGCUGCCCGUCGGGGCCGCGCGCCACGGUGCCAGCUGCCCCGCCCCUCGCGGGCUCGGGAGGCUUCUCUGCCCGGGCUCGCCCUGGCGCAGUGCCCGGGCCGAGGGGGCGAGACCCACAUCCGCCCGUCGGGGCCCGGGGGGGGGGGGAAUCCCGCCGCCGCCGCCUCGGGUCUGGCUCGCGGCGAGGGCGCCUGGGGAAAGGGCGUAAAGGCCGACUCGGACCGGGAAAGAGCUGGGUUCCAAUCCCCCCCCCCCCGAAGCUGGCUGGGUGCCAGGCUGGCCAACCUCACAGGGUUGUGGGGAGGGGAAAAGGAGGAGAACCACCUUGGGCUCCUCGGGGGAAAGGCGGAUAGCAAUGCAAUUAGUAAGAACAACAGCAAAGGUAAUAAACCAAAGUUGGAGCAGGGGAGCAAAAAAGCUGAGUAAUUCAGAGAUGGGCAUCCUAAGGUGGGCUGAGCAAAGGAGACCCCUUGACCUGGUGCUGCAAAGUCUGGCGGAGGUGCCAUGCGCGUGCCCCCUCCCCAUCUCUGGCUGCUCCCUCCCUCUGGACAGUCGGGGCUCUCUAAUAAUAAUAAUAAUAAUAAUAAAUUUUUAUUUAUAUCCCACCCUCCCCAGCCGAAUCCAGGCUCAGAGCGGCUAACAACAAAAGUAACACAGUUUACAUAAAAUCACAAUCAAUUAAUUGGCAUGCAUUCACCUCUGAGCAGGAGGCAGCUCCUGGCACGGCUGGGGCGCAAACAGACGCCCUGCCCUGGGACUUUUGGAUGGACGUGGGGGGCCCAGGACCCCUUGAAACCAGGCUCAGCCCCAGGAACUUAUUUCUAAUGCCAGUGAAUAUCUCUGGGGCAGGUGGCGUUGUAACUGCCGGACGUGGCUUUGAGCAAUGGCAGGGGGAGCGUGGGUCAGGGCAGAAGCUGCAAGGCACAGACCCAAAUCCCCUUGGGGCAUUCUUGAGGGGGGCACUCCUUGCCUCUAGGGCACCUGGCCGGGUACCAGGGGCCUGAUCCUGCCGCGGCAUGGCUCCCCUGUGGUUCUCAGCCUGCCUUCUCUCCCCCCCCCCCGCCUGCAGGGGGCAGACCAGGCGGACUAUGAGGACGAGGACUUGGCGGGGGAGCUGAUGGACGGGGGCGACGAGGAGCCCCGGGCGUGGACCCUGCAGGAGAAGGCUCUGCACGAGGCGCGGCUGAAGGCCAAGGCCAAGCGCCGCUUGCGCAGGACGUCCUCCCGCGACUCCAACCGCGAGUCCCUCUCCGAAGGCGGGGAGCCCCUCCCCGACCCCAGCAGCCCCAAGGGGAAGAGCCACGACCGCAAAUCCCGCAUGGGCAAAGGCCGGGGGCUGCCCAAGAAAGGUAGCAACGCCCCCCCACACCCCGGCCUCCUUGUGCCCGCUGCGGGCUCUGCCAACGGCCGGAGUGGCUGCAGCCGCCUUGGGGGGGUUGUUUGGGUGGCAGCGCUCAGCCCACCUCUCUCUCUCUCUCUCUCUCUAGGUGGCGCAGGGGGCAAGGGCGUGUGGGGGGCCCCCGGGGUGGUCUACAGCUACCAGGAGCCGGACGCCCGAGACCCCAACUAUGACGAGGUGGCACAGGUACCCUGGGCCAGAGGAGGCGGGCCUGGGGGUGGUCUUCCCAGGCAGUUGUCCUUUCUCCCCACCCCGAGGCCACGUGCCCCAUUGCCAUGGGAGACCUUGUCCCUCCUGCCCCACAGCCUGCAGGGGGGCAUAGAGGCCCCUUGGUGGCAGAGAACCUGAAUCGUCGAACGCAUGGUGAAGGACCCCAGCCCCAUGGCCAGGCAGCGGGCACGGAGACGGCCGAGGGUCCUGGGUUCAGUUCCUGCCAGGAUCUGCAGGCCUGGCUGGUAGAGAGCCCCAUCUGGAAUCCCGGGGGGUGUCUCCCUCCGUAUGCCGGGUGCAGCUGUUGCAACGGAUCUGGGAAGGGGGUGCUGAUUGGCAGGGGGUAUUCUGGCUGCUGCCGGCAAGGCGGCAGCCCCCAGGCCUGGGUGGGGGGACAGGCGCCCUCCCUUCAGUACAGGCCUGGCACCCGAGCCGGGGGCAGGAGGAGAGGGCAAGCCAGCCGCCGAUUUCCUCCAGCCUCUUGAGCCCCUGGCGCUCCCCACCUGGCCCCAGGCAAAGCAAAGGAAAAGCUGGAACGAGGGUCCUUUAACUGGAAGACCCCUCUGCCCCUUGGAGGGGGGUCUCCCGCCAUGAUCCCCACAGCAGUGGGGCAGCCCACACCUUCUGGGGACGAUGCCCCGUGGGGUUCACGGGCCGCCGGUUCCAGAAGGCUUGACGUUGCUCCGGCUGGGCUCUCUGCCCCCUUUCUGGGGGUCUUCUCUGGGUGCCUGGCAGGACCCUUCUGGAGAAAGGGGCAGGGUCCUCCAGGGCGAGGGGUUGUGGGUCUUGGCAAGCCUGACCCCUCCCUCUGUGCCGCCUGGCCUCUCCCCAGGGGGACACGGUCUACGCCACGGUGGUGCCUGAGCUGGAAGAGGAGGAGCUGGAGAAGGCCGUGCAGCCCAUGAUGAAGGAAUACUUUGAGCACGGAGACACUCUGGAGGUGGUGGUGCGUAUUCCCGGGCCGGAAGCAGGAUUCGGGGGGGGGGGGCAGCCGGGAUUGGGGCCCCCUCAGAUGUUUGCCCCCUGGGCCGCCGGGAAUUCUGCUGCAAGCCAGAGUGGGCACUCUGGGGGGAAGGGAGGGAGGGAGGGCAGGAAGGGAUGUCAUGGAAGAGGAAUUCCAGAAUUGUAGAGUUGGGCAGGGACCUCCAGGACUCAUCCAGCCCCACCCCUUGCAACGCAGGCGUCGCAGCUAAAGAAUCCCAGGCUGGCAGCCCUCCGACCUCUGCUUAAAAACCUCCUGCGAAGGAGAGGCCAUUCCCUCCAAGGCGAAAGAACGGAUCCAGGGACAGGGUCACUUCUUCCUCGUUCAGAAUCGGACGCUGGAUCUGAGCUCUGACUGGGGAGGGAGGGGGACAUUUGUGAGGCCAAGGGGGCCUUUGUUUGAUUUAUCGGCUACUUUAAAAGGAGGCUGCAUUUUAAAUUGCAUUUUAUGUUUUUAUUGUGAUAUUAUUGGUGUUAGCUGCCCUGAGCCCGGCUCUGGCCAGGAAGGGUAGGGUAUAAAUAAUUUAUUAUUAUUAUUAUUAUUAUUAUUAUUAUUAUUUGACAUGGCAGCUGGGAAAGUCUGGCCAGGGCGGGGGCUCUGCUCCCCUUCUCCUGGGCCAGUCGGUUCUUGAAAUAAACAGAAUGAUGAGACCCUCCAGAGUGGGCAGGUGGCCUUGAGGAAUCCGCUGGCAGUAAUGAGAAUUGCAAUAUCGAAGGUCAGUGGAUCCCAGGUCCCCUAUGGUCCUUAAGAGGCUGGGCUCCCUCUUCUGUCUCACCCUGAAGCUCAGGUGCCAGCAAAGUUCAGAGAGGAUGGAAGUUGUCCCUUCCAAGCCGACAAUUCUGUGAUUCAUUGGAAUCUCUUAAACAGGUUGCCAGGGUGAUUUCUGCAUCGCAGGGGGUUGGACUAGAUGGCCCUAUGGGAUCCCUUCCAGCUACAGUUCUGUGAUUCUAUGGGGGUGAGAAGAGCAGCUUGGCAAGUUCCUGUUUGUGCUGGGCAGAAGGGAGUCCCAUUUGCAAAGGAGGCCACCAGCCCCCCUUCUAUCUGCCCACCUGAAUGCCCCACUGAAUAAUAUAAUAAUAAUUUAUUAUUUCUACCCCACCCAUCUGGCUGGGUUUCCCCAGCUACUCUGAGUGGCUUCCAACAAGAGAUUAAAAAUACAUUAAAUCAUCAGUCAUUAAAAGCUUCCCUAAAAGCCUUCAGAUGUCUUCUAAAAGUCUGGUAGUUGUUGUUCUCUUUGACAUCUGGUGGGAGGGCGUUCCACAGGGCGGUGCCACCACUGAGAAGGCCCUCUGCCUGGUUCCCUGUAACUUGGCUUCUUGCAGGGAGGGAACCGCCAGAAGGCCCUCAGAGCUGGACCUCACUGUCCGGGCAGAGACGCUCCUUCAGGUCUACCCCACUGGAAGGGCAGCGAGGGCGUCUCCAUGGGGCCUCCACCAUGGACUAGCAAGGACUAGCAAGUCGUGGUGGCUACUAGCCAGAAUGGCUCUGCUCUGGAAGGAGGCAGUUGUGCUUCCGAAUAUCACUUGUUGGAGACGGCAGAAGGGCAGAGGUUGUUCUUGCGCUCAGAUCCUGCUUGUGGGGUUCCCAUAAUGGGCGUCUGGUUGGCUACUCGGAGAGAAGGAUGCCAGGCUGGGUGGACCAUUGGCCUGAUCCGGCAGGCUCUCCUAAUAAUAAUAAUAAUAAUAAUAAUGAUAAAUUUUAUUUAUUCCCCAGCCAGAGCCGGGCUCAGGGCGGCUAACACCAAUAAAAUCACUGUAAAAACAUAAUAGAGGGGAAAGGGGGGGGGGAGAAAAACCCAAUUUAAAAUACAGGUUAAAAUGCAAUUUAAAAUGCAGCCUUAUGUCCCGUCCCCAGGGCAGUGCGGCUGUGGACUGAUCCUGCCUCCUCAAAACUUCCUUGCCCGUCUUGCUCAGAGCGGCCAGGCCACCCCAGUGAGAUGGGUGCGGUGCAAAUAAUAAAGUUAUUGUUCUUCUUAUUAUUAUUGCAGGAGCUGCUCCGCGAGCUGAACCUGGGCGGGCACAAGGCGUCUGUGCCCUCGCUGGCCGUGGCGCUGUCUCUGGAGGGCAAGGCCAGCCACCGGGAGCUGACCUCCCGCCUGCUCUCGGACCUGGUGGGGAAGGUGAUGAGCCCCGAGGACAUCGCGGCCGCCUUUGACCGGACGCUGAGCGACCUCCCCGACCUCAUCCUGGACACCCCCGAGGCCCCGCAGGUGGGGGGCAGGCCGAGCCCUGCGAGGGGGGGCUGGGUUGGGGGGAACGGGGGGCAGACGGACGUGUGACCCCUCCGCCCCCUGUGUCCGUCUUUGCAGAUGCUGGGCCAGUUCAUCGCGCGGGCCGUGGCGGACCAUGCGCUGCCGCUGGACUUCCUCGAGCGCUACAAGGGGCGCGUGGACUGCGAGCACGCUCGGUGAGGGGGCCAGGCUCACGGGGGGAGGGCAGAUGGGGGCCACGCCCGCCCCAGGUGUGACCCACUCAGGGUUGGCAUGCACCCAAGGAAACGGGGGCAGUUGGCAGGCUGGUGUGCCGGGCGAACUCCGGGCCUUGGCGCAGCAUAAAUCAGCGACCCAGGCUUUAGACGACGGAGCGCGCUAUUCAGCAGAGAAAACGGUGCGCAAACAGAGAGGCUGUGUGAGCAUAUUUACAAGCAGCUCCUAUUCAGUGUAGAUCAGGACAAAAGGAAACACGUCUGAUCUCCUUCGUGUCCAAAGCAAAACAGAAAACUAAACACAAACGGAAGUUCCCAGCGUGCAAUGCUGGUGCGUGUUACAGACAUGCGACACGCAACUCUCCCGUGUCUGUUCCUUAAGGUGGAACGGAAUUCUCAACACUUGGGGCUGUCUUAAGCAUAUCCGGCGCUGUGGUGCAAAACUCCCUCCGGCACCCCCCCCCCCGUUUCCCAGAGUUUUUUAGGGAGGACGGCGCUGCUGGCGGGGCUGGCGGAGGCUGGCAGCGGCUGGAGGGCGGCUCCUUAAGCGGGGAAGAGGUGGAGGCUGGAUGCUGCGCCUCCUGGCUCAGCUGGCGGCUUCGUGCCAUGGUUGCCACGGCAGACAGAGGCUCUGGGCGCGGCGCUGCUUUGGCGAGGCAUGCGGAGGCAGGUGAGGGCAGCGAGCUGAUGCCACGUCCAGCCUCCACCUCUUCCCUGGUGAGGCGUUCCCAAAGCAAAGGAAGGAUUGAACUCUGAUUAAUAGAAUACACACAGAGGCUGGACCAGCAAGACUGGGAGGAGUGCAUAUAAUAAUCUCUCUCUCUACCCUCCGGCCCAGGUCAUUUUAUUCACAAAAGAACUUUUUACACAGUGUUUGUAAGAACCAAUCAGAUUUCCUCUGAGCAUUUCAAAACCCCCACGUGGGACAAAGUUAAAAGUUAAAACUACAAAGAGCUAAUUUCCUACUUGAGUAUGCAUAUGUAAUUCUGAGUAAAUAAAAGAAGAAGCAAAGAGAAAUGCUUUUAGGAAACUCCGGAGGUCCUAAACAGGAGAGGCAGGAUUUACCAUCUCCUUAUGAACUCUCUUCCUGGCCCUUAAGAUUAACAAAACUAACAAUAGCUACAUCAAAGCUAACUAUCAUCUUUAUGACCCAGAAUGCCUGAUGCAGUAACUGACCCGUGUUUCAGAAUGCUUAUACGUGCCUGUCAGGCGUAGAAAAUGAACAGUAGAGAAAAUGGCCAGAAAUGCAGAGGCUUGUGGGAUUUGAUCAGAAAUUAUUGCCAAUGAAUCGAACCCAGUCAACGCAAUGCUUUCAUCAUGGACACAAUGGCUUGGUGCAUAUUUUAUAAUUCCUCAUAGUAAUCCCACCUGACCCCCACACUCUGGAUAUUUGUACUCCUACACCUGACACCCUCCAAAACUUUUUUCCCCCAAAUUUUUCAAAUUAAUUUUCACAAAGUUAUAAACAAACAAGCAUAAAUCAUAACCUUAUUAGAAUUACACUUAUUAACAUUGUUAAGUGACUUCCUCGCUUCCCCUUGGUUGAAUUUCCAUGCAUAUUCUUAUAAUGGCUUUCCAAAUCCUGAUUCUUAUAAACUUAACGUAGUCCAUUAACAUCCUUAUAUCUUUUCAAUUCAAAAUUGUACAUGUUAAACAUCACUUAAUUUAUAUAAAUUCCUAAGCCAAUCUGUUGCCUGCAAGCUAUUUCCAAUUAGUUUAACUUAACAAAUUUAGCUAAAUAAUCGUUUAAUUUUGUCCAUUCUUCCCAAAACCUGGCACCCUGGCGCCCCACGCCACCAGCCUCUAUGGGUAAGACGCCCCUGGACCCCCUCGCCCUCCCCGCUGCCCCCUCUUCCCUGAUGUCCGGCUGCCCGCUUCUCCGCAGCGCAUGGGGCCACGUUACUCCCGGGUGUCCCUCCCAACCCCACAAAACCGUUCUCCGUUUCCAGGGCUGCUCUGGACCGCGCGGCCGUCCUCUUGCGCAUCAAGCGGGACGUCAACCGCCUGGACAACGUCUGGGGCGUGGGGGGCGGACAGAGGCCCGUCAAGCAUCUCAUCAAGGAGGUGAGGCGGAGCUUGAGAAAAGUGCUCAAACGCACCGUAUUUGGUGGGGGUGUGAAAACAUAAAACAGCUUUGGAACAAUAUAUGCGAAGAAUUAAAGAAAAUAUUUGAAACGUCAGUUAAGAAGAAACAAGAAGUGUAUCUUCUGGGUUUGAUAACAGAAGACCAUCCCCAAGAAUAGGAUAAAUAUAUUCUUAUGCGCAACGGCAGCUGCCAAGACAUUGAUUGCAAAAAAUUGGAAAGGGGAAUAUGUACCCUCAGAUUUUGUGUAUUCCUAAAUAUGGCAAAAUAACUGCAAUAAGAGGAAAUCAAACCAAGGAACAAAGAAAGAAUGGAGUUGCGUAAGAGAAAAUAUAAAGAAACAUUGUUUGAGAAUAGGAAUAUUGAUAUGCAGAAUAAGAACGACUCAGGGAUAAGAGAAAGGGUAACAAUAAGCAGAACACACGAAAGCUCAAACCAGAACAAACUUAGUUGGUCUAUAACGGGCAUAGGCAACCUUUGGCCCUCCAGAUGUUUUGGCCUACAACUCCCAGGAUCCCUAGCUAACGGGACCAGUGGUCAGGGAUGAUGGGAAUUGUAGUCCAAAACAUCUGGAGGGCCAAAGGUUGGGGGGUGCCUGGUUUACAACCAUAUUCCGUUCUGGGGGUCCAUUUGUAAACCAAAACAGGUUGUGACCCAAGGCGCACUUUCACCAAUUGGGCCUCCGAAAAACAAUUUGUUCGUAAUCCCCCCCCCCAAAAAAGGUUGCAAACCGGGACACGCAUUUCUGGGUUUGACGUUUUUGUAAUCCAAGGCGUAUGCAAACCAAGGUACCACUGCGCAAGUCUUCCAGGGGCUCAAAGGUGGAGCAGCCUUGGGGUCAGAAGCCUCCAUUUCUGGGCAGGAUGCAGUCCCUCUGAGCCCCCCAGCUGCAGAGCCCAGUCUCCCCUUCCGUAGGCCCCACUUUGCAUGGCUGCCCUUUCCGGGACCGGCCCCAUGGAGCAGCGACGCUUGCAAAGGAAGCUUGCAUCUCCUGGCCUUGAACUCUCCCCAGUUCUGCCAGUCACAAUCUGGGGAGACACACAGCAGCUGCUGUUGUGCACGGCUGGGGGGGCAGAUAGGGGGCUGGAAUUUUGCCUCAAUGGGGGUCUGGAGAGGUGCUGCAUCCUGCCUGGACCCAAAUUAAAACGCCAAGGCGUUUCCUUCUUGGGGGGCGGCAGAAUUCCUUGCAAAACCUGGGGGGUGUCAAUGCCCCACAAUAGCAGCCUUUGUUUCUAGGCUUGGCUGGGGGGGGGGGCUCAGUGCUCCCUUGCUCCCUCUCUGCUAUUAUUAUUAUUAUUAUUAUUAUUAUUAUUAUUAUUAUUUUCCAGCAAAUUUUAACAAAUUCAAAAAUUCAAAUUACGUUUUACAAUUUCAGUUAACUCCCAACUUCCUUUUCUGGUUUGUAACAUACUUGUUUGUUCUGCUUAUAAUUUUAUAUCCCUUAUAUGCUAAAAUUAACAUUGUCUUCUUAAUCUCUUCUUAAUAUUUGUCCAUUGCAAGUGUAUGACUCAAAUCCUGCCAGUGAGUUCAUUUCAGUGCAUUGCUUCUGUAUACACAUCCUAAAAGGUUCCCAGUCUUUUUUUAAAGUCUCUGUGUGUGUUCACCAUGCUUCUUUUUUCUGGUCUCUCACCGCCCUCUCCGCUCUUCCAGAUGAACCUCUUGCUCCGCGAAUACCUGCUUUCGGGCGAAGUCUCUGAGGCCGAGCACUGCCUUCGCCAGCUAGAGGUGCCUCACUUCCACCACGAGCUCGUCUACGAGGUAGCGCAGGGCAUCCUUCGGGGCCCCUGGGUGCUGCCUGGGUACGAGCAGCGCCCGCCUCCGGGGGCUUGGCAGCUCUUGGCCUCUGGGCACGGCUUCUGGAGUUGGGCCUCGCCCGCUCCCCUCUGAGCCCUUUCCUGGCCUUCUUCCCCCAGGCGGUGGUGAUGGUGCUGGAGUCCACGGGAGACACGGCCGUCGCCAUGAUGGUGCGGCUGCUGAAGGUGCUGUGGGAGACGGGCCUGGUGACGCUGGACCAGAUGAACCGGGUGAGGGCCGCCCCCUGGGAUGGGCGCAGAUGGGCUGCCGCCCGGAGUUCUGCAAGGCAGGCCCAGAGGGGCCAGAGAAUGGGGAUUUUAUGUUGCGUAGUGCCUUGAGAUCUGUGGGUAUUGGGUGCUGUACCAGUUGAAUUAAUAAUAAUACAGUGGUACCUCUGGUUGCAAACGGGAUCCAUUCCGGAGGCCUGUUCGCAACAUGAGCAGAACGCAACCUGCGUCUGUGCAUGCGCAGGUCGCGAUUCGCCGCUUCUGCGCAUGCCGUCAUUUUGUGCAAGCAGCAAAACCCGGAAGUAACCCUUUCUGGUACUUCUGGGUUGCCGCGGGACGCAACCUGAAAAUGUGCAACCUGAAGCAAACAUAACAUGAGGUAUGACUGUAAUAGUAAUAAUAAAUAAUAAUAAUAGGAAAUUCUAACCAGAAAUAGAGUAAAGAUUGGCUAACGUUCAAAUAAUAUCUUUAAAAGGACGGUACGAACACACAGAGAGCCAGUGUGGUGUAGUGGUUAAGAGCGGCGGACUCGUAAUCUGGGGAACCGGGUUCGCGUCUCCGCUCCUCCACCUGCAGCUGCUGGGUGACCUUGGGCCAGUCACACUUCUCUGAAGUCUCUCAGCCCCACUCACCUCACAGAGUGUUUGUUGUGGGGGAGGAAGGGAAAGGAGAAUGUUAGCUGCUCUGAGACUCCUUAGGGUAGUGAUAAAGCGGGAUAUCAAAUCCAAAUCCAAAGCUCCCGACAGAUUUGGAUUGAAUCUUGGAAGUUCAAGGAAAUUAUAAAGUCAAAAUUUCUCCUGAUAAUUAACCGAAAAGAAUAAGAAAAAUGAAGUGCGUAUAGACUGGUAAGCACAAUGAGAUUAAUGGGUAUGUAAUGUCAAAUGAGGUGUUGCUGGUCAGUGUCUAUGGUCUGUUUAUGUGGUUUUUCGUUUUGUUUACGUUCUAUGUAAAUUGUUUUGUAAUCAAGAGGGGAUAAUCAUCAUCAUCAUCAUCAUCUUGUGCUAAUGCAGUCUGGCAGGGAGGCAGCCGUGCUGCUCUGGGGGGGUCCACCCUCAGCCCCCCCCCCCGCGCUGACCCCUCCUGCUUCCUCCCCCCCAGGGCUUCCAGCGGGUGUACGAUGAGCUGGGAGACAUCAGCCUGGACGUCCCGUUGGCGCACAGCAUCCUGGAGCGGCUGGUGGACCUCUGCUUUGAGGAAGGCGUCAUCACCAAGCCGCUGAGAGACGCCUGCCCUGCGCGGUAGGCCAGCCUCCCCCCUUCUUGCCCUCUGUGUCGCAUUCCCAAAGCAAGCAAGGAUUGGAUUCUGAUUAAUAGAAUACACAUGAGGCUUGACCAGCAAGACUCUGGGAGGGGUGCCAAUAAUAAGAAUCCUCUCUACCCCCUGGCCCAGGUUGUUUUAUUCACAAAAGAACUUUUUACACAGUGUUCGUAAGAACCAAUCGGAUUUCUCUGAGCGUUUCAGAAAACCCCACGUGGGACAAAGUCAGAUCAGAAGAAAUCCUGUUAACUACAAAGACUACUCUGAGCUUGCAUACACAAUCUGAGAGUAGAUAGAACAGGACUAGAGGAGGAAUGGAUUCAGAAAAACCCUGGAGGUCAUAAACAGGCAGCGAAGGAAGGAAGGAUGGCAAGGAAAGAGUAUUUCCUUGUGAACGCUCUUCCUGGCCCUUAAGAUCUACCUAAAGAUUAAACUGCAUCAAAGCUAACUAUCAUCUUUAUGACCCAGGAUGCCUGAUAACUGGCCUGUGUUUCAGAAUGCUGAUACAUGCCUGUCAGGCAGAGAAAUAGGACAGGGAUGCGGAGGCGUGGAUUGAUGAAAAAUCAUAUCAAAAUGUCUCAAACCCAGUCAACGCAAGGCUUUCAUCGCGGACACAAAUGGCUUGAUCCAUAUUUUUUAUAAUUCCUCAUUCCUGAUCAUUACACUCUGGGGUUCAGGCAGGGAGAGGGCAGAGGCCCCGAGCCCCACACUUGCUGGUCCGGCGGCCUCUCUCUCAAAACGGCUCAGAUCCUGCGGGCCGCUUUUCCGCAGGCAAACGUGCACCAGUAAGAGUAGGGGCCUGGACUAGGUGGGCUGCUGGCCUGAUCCGUCCGGCUUUCCUGAUGCGCCCCUUGCGUCUGACGGGCGCUGGAGCCCCCUCCGUUCCGCCCCAAUUUCCGGGAGGGUCCUUUGUUCGUGUGAACCGGAGACGGAGCAGUUUGCUAGGUCUCUCCAGUCCCAAGGCCUGCUUGUCUCUCUAGCCUUCUUUCGAGGGUCAGAAGAAGAGAAUUGUGGCAUUGGGGGGACCCCCAAAGGUCCUCUAGUCCAACCCCUCGCAGCUAGCUAGUUUCUGUGUGUGUGUGGCCGGGUGGCUGUGGCCAUUACAGGGCUAUGGGUCUUUGCAGACUGGAACGGGAAUGGUUUUUGGGUUGGGGGGCCUGGGAAUGGGGCAGCGAAGAUCCAGAGGCUUUGUGUGUGGUUGUGUGUGUGUGUUGUGUUGUCUCUCUCUCCCCCCCCCCAACUCACUCUCUCCUUCUUUCCUCAGGGGCCGGAAGCGCUUUGUCAGCGAGGGGGACGGCGGCCAAAUCAAGCCCUAGCUUGGUGCUUCCAGCCCUGGCCUCUGCCCCCUGCGAUGCCCCCCCAGCCCAGCAGGGCCUGCCAGCUUCAAGGGAGAGGCCAGGAGGCUGCGCCAGACACCCCUCGCCCCCCCACCAGAACCAGCCUGGGAAGGAAAGGGAGCUUCAGCCACCACAUCCGGGUCAGGCUGGCGAGGGGGGCAAAAGAGGGAGCUUGCCCUCCCUCAGGGCACCCCAUCCGGGUCUUGCCCCCCUUCUCCAGACCCCCCCCCAAACACAUCCAAGGAAGCAGAGGGGAGCCUGGGGCCCUGGUCCAGCGGGGAUGGCGGCCGCCUUGGCAUUCCUGGCCCUAUAGGGCUCCCUAGGGACCCAGGCUUCCUCCAACAGGUCUAGCCCCUUGCUGCGUUCCAAAAGGGCACAAAUACCUCCCCCAAAGCCCCCUCCGCAGUCCCCUAAUUUCUGGGGGGGGGGAGCCCUAGCCUUGCUCCUUAAGGCGGGGGGGAGGAAGAUCUCAAGGUCUGGGGAAGCAGCUCUUUUGGGUAUCGGGGAGGGCAGAGCAGCGUCUCAUGAGCACGGCUGGAAGAUAAGGUGGGGGGUGGAGACGGGGAGGGGCCUGAUGUCCUUGCAGCGGUGGGGGAAACGGGUGGCACGUGGAAAAUCUAAAAAUAAAAACGUAUCCAAAG